AAGGAGCGUCCGGCCUGGAGGUGGCACGUCUAGACUUCUGGACACCACCAUGGCGAUUGGCCUGGCAGCUCUGGGGCUCCUCGCUUUCCUGCUCGGCUGCUCUGGAAAUAUUAUCGAACCCCAAAACUCCAAGCGAGACGCCAAGUGCUCCCUGACUGGCAGAUGGGAGAAUGACAGAGGCGACAAGAUAGUCAUCAACCACAACAUUAAUGGGAUGUUCAACGGCUUCUACCUGACGGCCGAGGGUGCCACCAACAAGACCAUCCUGCCACUCAUGCUGCAGGGCAUCCAGCACCUGGAGCCUCAACCCACCUUUGGCUUCAUUCUGAUGUGGAACACCUCUGCCUCCACCGCUGUCUUUGUGGGCCAGUGUUUCGUAGAUGACAAAGGAAAGGAGCAGCUGAAGACAGCCACGCUGCUGCGUAGAAAGUUGGCAUCCGUGGCAGAAAAUUGGGGUGCAACCAGUGUUGACACGGACACCUUCAAGCGCGUCAAAUGAGAGGGUGAAGAGCCAGCCUUCCAUGGUUUCUGCGUUUGGGUGCAAAUGGGGGGUGACCCUACCUACCUCACCCAUCAGACCCUCUUCUCCAAUAAAAUGUUUGCAUGAGCAGCA